UCACUCAAAAGUUGCUUAAAUCAUAUUAUAUGCAUAUCAUGAAAAAUAUGAGAGAAUGAAAGCUUUUAUUCUUUAUUCAUUUCAAGACAGAUGUAAGAUUUUUCACCUUUGUUCCUCACGAUACACAUCUAUCCUUUGAUAUUAUAGCACAAAUAAUUCAUUCCAUCCAACCCUUUAUCCUAAGCUUCUUUCAUGCUUCCUCUGUAGAAAGCUUUAGCAUCAUUCCUUCUAAAUUGUAAGUGACUUUUAAAAAUUGGUAUAUGUUGCAUCAUCGAAUUAACUUUAGGGUUGCAUUCUUACCUUAGAUGACAAAAAAAUCAUGAGUAUUUAACAAAUGAAAAGUUCUGAUCUAAAUUAAGAUUGAUCAUAUCUUAUUGAAAACCUAAAAUCCCAGGUAGCAAACAUCAAAGGGUUAGGUUAGGAACCCAGGCAAGUUAUGUAAUUUUGCAGACACUAAAGGACUUGUUUUGCUGCAGUACUUUUGUCUCUUGUCCCAAUUUUCAUAAAGUAAUUGCAUGAUUGCUAACUUUCUUCCCAUUUUUCAAAAAGCAAUUGCAUGACUGCCCACUUUACCUUUAUUCCUUAUACUGUUCCUACCUGUCUCUCCUCAGUCCUCACCUUACAUCCCACACAACCUAUCCUUCAAGAUUGCUGUAGAGAUAAUUAUUGCAUCCCCUUCGCUUCAAGCUUCGGUCGCUCUCUCAUCCAUCUAAGAUCAAGGUUUGCAAUGGAAUAUGUGGAUGCAAUACUAACUAGCAUUGGGCUAUUGAAAGAUAUGUGGUCAUCUAUUUCUAAUUGCUUCAAUUAUCAGAAAAUCCUUGAUGAGAAUUGCACAACUCUAAGAGAGAAAAUGGAAAGACUCAAGUGUCGUGAACAUGAUAUCAACACCAUAUUAAAUAAUGCACAGUAUGAUCACCGAAAGAAGGAAAAGAAAGAAGUUGAAAAUUGGUUGAUUAAAGUGCAACAUAUGAAAGAUCGUGCACAGAAGAUAGAACAAGAAGCUGCAAAGAAAAGAUGUUUCUCAAGAUUAAGGUUCCUGAGCCAGUUUGAAGCUAAUAUUAAACAAGUAGAUGAGCUAAUUGAGUUGGGUAAAUUUCCUGAUGGGAUUUUAAUUGAUGUUCUUCAAGAUGAAGGAAUGACAUUGUUAACAACACAGCUGAUAGGUGAAACUACAACCAAAAGAAUUUUGGAAGAGAUUUGGACAUGCUUAAAGAAAGGUGAGAUCCAAAGCAUUGGAGUUUGGGGAAUGGGGGGGAUCGGCAAAACAACUGUCGUUACCCACAUUUACAAUCGCCUCUUGGAAAAUAGUAGCACUUUCGGCCAAGUAUAUUGGGUGACUGUUUCACAAGAAUCAAGUACUCGCGACUUGCAGGAUGCUAUUGCUAAAAUGUUAAAAAUAGAUUUUUCAGAAGAGGGAGAUGACAAGAAAAGGUCUGCAUUAUUAUUCAAAGCAUUGCAGAAACUAACAAAAUUUGUUCUUAUAUUUGAUGAUAUGUGGGAAGUUCAUGAACCUGAACAGGUUGGAAUUCCUGUUGGAGUUGAUGGAGGAAAACUGAUCAUAACCACCAGGUCAAAAAAUAUCUGCUCAAGAAUGUGCUGCAAAGAAAUUAAAGUUGAGUCGCUUUGUACAGAGGAAGCAUGGGAACUCUUCAACAAGACGCUUGGGCGAUACAGUGCACUUAACCGAGAAGAAGAAGAAAUAGCUAAAGAUAUUGUCAAGGAAUGUGCCGGUUUACCUCUUGCCAUCGUCACAACAGCCAAAAGCAUGAGGGGUGUGUAUGAUAUUUGUGAAUGGAGGAAUGCUUUGAAUGAAUUGAGGGGACGUACUCAAGGGCUCACAAUUGACAUGGAAAAUGAUGUGUUCAAGAUCUUGGAAUUCAGUUACGAUCGCUUGAAUGAUGAAAAACUCCGGGAAUGUUUGUUGUAUUGUGCAUUGUUUCCCGAGGAUUAUCUGAUUAGAAGGGUGUCUUUGAUCAAAUAUUGGAUUGCUGAGGGGAUUGUAGGAGAAAUGGAAACAAGGCAAGCAGAGUUUGAUAAAGGGCAUGCUAUACUGAACAAACUUGAAAAUGUGUGUUUGUUAGAAAGAUGUCGGAAUGGAAAAUGCGUAAAGAUGCACGAUGUGAUCAGGGAUAUGGCUAUCAACAUUUCAAAAAGGAAUUCUCGAUUCAUGGUGAAAACUACUAGAAAUCUAAAUGACCUCCCAAGUGAGAUACAAUGGUUAGAAAAUCUAGAAAGAGUUUCUUUAAUGGAUAACCAACUUUCUUCAUUGAAAUCAGUACCAAACUGCCCAAAGCUUUCUACCCUGUUACUUAAAAGUAGGGAUGGUCUAUAUGAAGGUCUUCCAAAUGCCUUCUUUGGGCAUAUGCCUAGCCUCAAAGUUCUGGACUUGUCAUAUACAAGCAUUUACUUCAUACCAGAUUCUAUCUCCAACUUGGUGAAUCUUCGAGCUCUAUUUCUUCGUCGUUGUGAAAAAUUAAAUCAUGUACCUUCAUUGGCAAAGCUUAAAGAGUUGAGGGAGUUGGAUCUUAGUGAGAGUGGAAUGACAGAGUUACCUGAUGGGAUAGAGCAAUUGGCCCUCCUUAAAUGUCUUGCUCUCCAAGGCCUAUCCAUUAAAGAUAUGUCUCUAAAUAGGGCACUACCCAAUCUUCUUCAUCUGCAGUGUCUAAGACUUGAUGCUAUGGGAUUUCCCAUUGUAGGAAUAGAGAAGCCGCUGAUUGGAUUGAGAAAGUUGGAGAUCCUUUCUAUCAAUCUUUAUAGCCUGCACACGUUUAAUAGCUACAUGAGAACAACGCAGUUCCAGAGACUCACCCACUACUACGUUGAAAUAUGUGGGGGAGUUUGGCCACCUGGUAAUUCCCCUGGCAGAGAAGUAGACAACUACCAACUAUGGGAUGGAGAUCCGCGAUUUAGAGAUUCUCUUGGCAAAGAAAUAGCUUUGUUUAGAUGUGAGCUGAAUCAAGGAAGAGAAGACAAUGAUGAAUGCCAACUUAUGCUUCCUACCAAUAUCCAGCUAUUGGAGAUAGCAGAAUGUAGUCUUCCAACUUGCCUAGUGGAUGUUUCUCCAUCUCUAAAGAUUGCCAGAGAUUUGAAAGUAUGUUCCAUAUCAGAUUGCAAGGGGGUAGAAUACUUAUGGUGCAUGGAGGACUGCGUUGCCUCAUUAAACAAUUUGUACCUUGAUGGAUUGCCAGACUUAAAUGUCCUCUUCAAGUUAAGACCAAUAAAUACUGUAAGUUGUUCCAGUCUCAAGCACUUGGAGGUGGGGAGUUGUGGCAAUCUCAAGCAUUUGUUCACGCAAGAGUUAGUGAAUCACCACCUCCAAACUCUUCAAACCAUCUAUGUCAACGAUUGCAAUCAAAUGGAGGAUAUAAUAGUAGCAACAGAGAUUGAAGAAGAAGGGGAAGAAAUUGAUGAAAUGAAUAAUCUCCUCCUCUAUUUCCCCAACUUAAAGAGGUUGCAAUUGAGAAAUUUACCAGAAUUGAAGAGCAUAUGGAAGGGAACAAUGACUCAUGAUUCUUUGCAAGAACUUGAAGUAUGGGAGUGCCCAAAGCUUAGAAGGCUACCUCUUUCGGUGCAUAUAACCGAUGGUGAUGGAGAAAGACGAGCUUCAACAUCGCCCCUCAAAAAAAUCAAGGGAGAAUUUUACUGGGGGGAAAGGGUGGAAUGGGAUACACAUCCUCAUGCCCAAUUUGUUUUUCAACCCCUACCUAUCGAUAUCUCGCUGAGGAGGACGCGGCUGGAAACCUUUGUUAGGAGAAACGUUUUCAUGGAUGUUUUUGAGGAAGUGUUUUAAACAAGGCAUCCCAGUCAACUGCUUUAUCAAAGAUUCUCUAACAAAUAUCACAAUGUUGAUAAUGGAGACAACAUGAAAUCAGAUCGAGAAGAUUCUUGGAAAGGACAACAUGGUAGUAAAAUGCACAAAAAUUCAAUAUUUUACAUUGAUCCUUUUAUGAACAACUUCAAGAAAUUGAAAGUUCCAAACUUCACUGUGUGAUUUAAGUUGAAUUGUAGACGGUUUCUAUCUAUUUGUGCUACUCUUGAAAUAUUAUUUUUCAGUUAUUUAUAACAUUGUGCUUGUAAUGUUGGUGUUUUCAUAAUA